CACAGUUCAACAUGUCAACAACAGGAAAAGGAUGUUAGCGAACCGAUGAGUUCUGUUUUCCAAAUAAAACAACGUUAUUUCAUGUAUAUUUUGACAAAAACUUGCAGCCUGCUAGAAAAUAAACACGAUAAUUCUAUAAAAUAUCAGACCGACAAUGUAACAUUAGACAUGGGUUGAUGUAAUGGAGGUGGAUUCUGACCAAGCAGUACCCCUAGUUUCAAGAAUGAGUUACUAGUUACACAUAAAAGGCAGUGGAGAAAAUUCACAAUGGCAGAGGCAAGGCCCUCGAAAGGCCCCCUCUUUGGAGCUGUGGACGAUCUCUCCAUUCCCUCUCCUCCCUCCCCACUAGCCACUCAAACAUUCGAGUACAGACACGUACGUGAGAGGAGUAACAGCGAGUCCGAUUUGGCCUCAGAGUCACCGGGAUUGUUGUCUUACUUGGCGGUGGAUAAAAACGUCCUUAACCUUAGUAAGUUUACCAGUGUCAAGGUCAGCUGGGAUAUUAAGGAGGAGAUCGGGGCAGAUGAUUGGAUCGGGCUGUAUCAGUCAGGCGAGACAGAUCCCUCCAAGUUUUUGGACAUGAAAAAUCGUGGAGGCAAUGGUGGCCAGACCGGAGAUUUACAGUGGGAUUUAUCUGAUAUCACACAUAACUUUACAACAGGUGAAACAAAGAUUUGCUUCAAAUACUACUUGGGCAGUAAUCAAGAUCUUGUGGCUACAAGUCCCUCGGUCAAAGUGGUCAAACCGACGUCCCCACAGGAGGCAACUGUUAAAAAUGGAAUAGCUGGGAGAGAUAUAAACAGAAAGAUCAAAGUGAAGAUUACAGACAUUGAGGCUGUGAAUCUUAAGAAGGGAAUGUUCUUUAACCCGGAUCCGUAUGUGAAGAUGUCUGUUCUCCCUGGAAAGAUGUGUCCGAAGAUGAGUCACCAUCUUCGAGAGAUUCGGACCAGCGUGUGUAGUUCUACCACUAGUCCAGUCUGGAGGGGACAGUCUUUUUCCUUUGAGUCUGUGCCAACUGAUAUCCUGGAUUUUGAAAUCAAGGAUAAAUUUUCUAAAAGUCGGCCAACAAUCAACCGAUUUCUGGGAAAAGCCACACUUGCGGUUCAGAGGGUGAUAGACAAGACGGAACGAGAGCCAGCAGAGUUUAGUCUUGAUUUAACAAAGAGAACACCCACAGACACUGUCAGUGGUUCCCUCAAGUUUGGUGCCGAUGUCAUUGACCUCGAGUGCAAAUCAGGGGUACCAGAUUCUCCUAACAACAGUAGAAGAGAAUUUCAAGCAAAAUCAUGUCAAGAAAAUGGAUCUAUGGAAAAUGCAGAAACUGUGUCUGAAAAUGGAUCUGUAUCAAAGAACGAUUCUCUAGAUGACCAAGAGGAUUCUGGGAUAUCCCUGACUCAGUUAUUAAGGGACCGUAUCAGUGGUGACAUUGAAGACAGUGAAAUAAAUGAGGCUGAAAGUGACAGUAUUCAAAAUGGAGGGGAGGAUACCAGUUUACCAAGUGUACCAGACAUAGUGUGUAAUUAUUCUGAGGAUACGGAGGAAAUUCAGGUUGAGGAAUCAGAUCAGGGUGGAACAUGUGAUAUUAGUUCAGGAUUGUCGUCCAUUGUGCCAUCAAGUGGAGAUAACUCGAGUGGCUCUGAUGUUUCCCCGCAGACAGUGAGUGCGAAUGGUGAUACCUCACCAGAGUUUUUGAAUUGUGCCAGAAGCAAACAGGAUGAAGGUCCUGAAUUGUUAGACAGCUCUUUAGACAGUGAAGUGAAUUUAGUCAUGAACGAUUUACCCCCCAAACCACCUGUACUCCCGCCACGGACCUACAAAGCUCCACCACUACCCCCAAGGUACCGCAUGUCAGAUGCCCCACCCCUUCCUCCGCGUACGCCCGAGAGAGGAGAAAGACCUUCAUUUCCUGUUACUGGUGUGGGGAUUGUCCAAAUUCCACCAGAUAGUGGUUCAGAGUCAAGGUCAGAGCCACCAACACCUAGACCUCCAAGUGCAGACAAUUCAAGGUCAUGUCACAGCUUGGAACCCCCACCUCUACCACCUCGCACAUACAGCCCAAUCACAGUGUCUCAAACGAGUCCUCAACAGCACCAAGAGGAAGGAGAGGAAACGAGUAUAAACAGUACAAUGAAUUCUGGAACUUCUCAGGAGGGGGCUGAAGAACCUGAUUCCUUAGCCCCAACUCGGGCUGGUGCACAGGAGGCGGAAAUCUCUAUUCAGUCGGCAGAUUCUACGGAUGAGGUGGACAGUCCAAAGAGAUCUCGUCCGAAGACGUCAAGAUCUGAAUUGGAAAUGCAUAAUACACCGAAAAGCAUUGUGACUAAAUUACCAGCUAGGCAAAUGUCGAACAAUAGCACUGUGUUUUCCCAAGUAUCCAUGUUACCUUGCAUCGAGUCCGCAGUGUCACCUGACAGACUCAGAAACUCGAGUCCAGUGAGCCGAUCUGUGGAAUGCAGUCCGAGAACUAGUCCAAGUCCUUCUAUGCAAACUUCAUACAGUGAUUCAGUGGCUGAACAAAGGAAAUAUGCAAGUCGACACAGCAUAGCUGCACCUUGUGAGAGGAACUUCAGAAAUAAUGACAUAUUUGUCUCGACCCCAGUGAGGGCCCCCCUGGAUAGGUCCAGUAGUUCAAUAUCAGACUCGGGAACACCACCCCGCAUAAUUCCUAGAAAUUCACGAAGUCGUGUUUUAAGUGAGGAGGAAAAACAACACAAUCGAGAACAGAUUGUCCAACAGUUACAACUGUGGACUCAAAAACAAAAAGACAAAUCUAAACCGGACUCUGAGGAGGACUCCGGUGCUGUCUUAACUACCGACAUUGGUUGUGAAACCCACACCUCCAGUGAUAAAGCAGAGAAACCAUAUGGUUCGGCAGCAGGUAAUACUGCCACACCUAGCAACUCGCCCAGACCACUGACAAGCACAGGCAAACCAUCGAGUGUCAAGCCAGGCUCCAAUAGGCCAGAGUCAGACCCACGGUCAACGGUGUGGCAGCUCAGGCAAUCAACCAACAGAAUAGAACCCAAACCACCCACUUCAAAAGAGGGUAGCCAAUCACCACUGCCAAAAAUUCCAGCCAGAAAGAGAUACCACAGAGUUGACCCACCUCCAGGUGACCAGCCUCUCCCCGCAGGUUGGGAAGCCCGUGUAGAUAGCCAUGGCAGGAUCUUCUACAUAGACCACACCAACAGAACAACCACCUGGCAGAAACCGCAGAGCGGUCAACGAACGAUACAGCGACGCCCCACCAUCAGCUCGGAACAGCGACAGCAGCUGGACAGAAGGUAUCAGAGUAUUCGUCGAACAAUCAACCAACCAAGAUCUGAACAGGAUGCUUCAGCAGAAAGUACUUCAUCAGGAGGUAGUGAUAACAGUCCUCAGACUUCUGCUCAAUCUCGGAUACCCCUUCCGGUCACGUCCCCACCCCCAGCACAAACUCCUGCCCCGGAGACAGGGGACAACAGAUUGCCGGCCGUGAAGUUCCUAACCCGUUCAGAUUUCUUCCCUCUACUACAGGGCAAUGAUAGGGCUAUGGCAGAAUACAACCGCAAUGGAACACUGAAGCACAUGAUCAGUAAAAUCCGCAGGGAUCCUCACAACUUUGACAGAUAUCAGCACAACAGAGACUUGGUGUCUUUUCUCAAUCAUUUUGCGGACCAUGCCAAGGAGUUGCCGAGGAACUGGGAGAUGAAAUUUGACAGAGGAGGAAAGACCUUUUUCAUUGACCACAACCUGAAAUUGACGACCUUUAUAGACCCUCGCUUACCAACGGACAUCCCACCGAUUAACACGGAUUUCUUACACACGUCAUUGUUGUUCCGUAACCGUGGGAGACGAGAGGGAAGUGACAGUCCAGUCAGAUCCAAUCAUGCGCCCACGCCCCCUCCUCGGGCCCCGGUCCCUGACGAGCCAGCAGUUGUUCCUACUGCCUACAAUGACAAGGUUGUAGCAUUCCUGAGACAACCAAACGUCGGAGAGAUUCUCCAAGAAAAAUACUCAACAUACAACAAUAGCACCCGGUUAAAAGAAAAAAUCAACAAAAUCCGUAGUGAAGGCACAGAAGCCCUAGACAGGCUGAGCAACGAUGUGGACCUCAUCAUUUUACUCAGUCUUUUUGAAAAUGAGAUUAUGUCGUAUGUGCCUCAGAACCUCUUACAAGCCAACCCGACAGUAGAUUCUCCAGGGGAAGCACCGCAAGGAUCGCCCAAUGUACAGAGAGCUAACAUGCGAGUACAGGCCCCAUACAGACGAGAUUUCCAGGCGAAAUUACGCAGCUUUUACAGGAAGCUUGAGAGCAAGGGAUAUGGACAGGGGCCUUCAAAAUUAAAACUAAUGGUGAGGAGAGACCAUGUUUUAGAGGAUGCCUUCAACAAAAUCAUGGGAACUACAAAGAAAGAACUGCUGAAGCGGAGUAAACUGUACAUCACAUUUGUAGGAGAGGAGGGGUUGGACUAUGGAGGACCAUCCCGAGAAUUCUUUUUUCUUCUUUCUCGUGAACUCUUCAAUCCUUAUUACGGACUUUUUGAAUACUCUGCCAAUGAUACUUACACAGUCCAGAUCAGUCCAAUGUCUACUGUAGUGGAGGACGCACACGAAUGGUUCCGCUUUGCUGGCCGAGUUUUAGGACUAGCAGUUGUACACCAGUACUUGCUGGAUGCGUUCUUCACUAGACCUUUCUAUAAAGCCCUCCUUAGACUGCCGUGGUCUCUGGCAGAUGUAGAAACACUGGACGCUGAGUUCCACCAGAGUUUACUUUGGAUCAAAGAGAAUGAUAUUUCAGAACUGGACAUGGAUCUCACUUUUUCUGUCAAUGAGGAAGUGUUUGGACAGGUGACGGAGAGAGAGCUGAAGCCCAAUGGGAAGGUAUUGCCAGUGAACGAAAGAAACAAGAAGGAGUACAUCGAGCGAAUGUCUAAAUGGAGGCUGGAGAGAGGGGUCACAGAACAGACUGAGAGCCUUAUCAGAGGCUUCCAUGAGGUGAUAGACAGUCGGUUAAUCUCCAUGUUUGAUGCCAGGGAGUUAGAGCUGGUGAUAGCAGGAACGGUGGAGAUUGACGUCAAGGACUGGAGAAAGAACACAGAAUACCGAUCAGGGUAUCAUGACCAGCACCAGGUGAUACAGUGGUUCUGGCAGGCCAUCGAGAAGUUUGAUAACGAACGGAGAUUGAGAUUACUGCAGUUUGUAACAGGGACCUCCAGUAUACCAUAUGAAGGGUUUGCAGCUCUCAGGGGCAGCAAUGGACCUCGGAAAUUCUGCAUAGAGAAAUGGGGCAAAGUGACCAGUCUUCCUCGAGCACAUACCUGCUUUAACCGGCUGGAUCUACCCGCAUACACCACAUCAGAGAUGCUGUUUGAAAAACUAGUGACAGCGGUUGAAGAAACAAGCACAUUUGGAAUUGAAUGAUGCAUUCAAGUGAUGGCGAAACUCUUCUUGAAUUCCGUAUUAAAGUGCUGGCGAGGCUGUUUGUAAACUCAGUAAUUGUGAUUUCUCACUGCGGUUCUUGUUUACGCUGAUGAAAUAACCAAGUGGGAAUCUUUUUGUUGCAUAUGUUUGGUUUUAUUUUUGAUACACAAGUCUUUCAAUGUUGAAGGAUUUAUCGUAAGGUGAAAGAAAACAUGAAGGAGGACUGUCAAAGCAGAAAUUUUUAACGUGAAAGAUAUGUACUAGUGCUGCAGUGUUUUGUGCAGGCUUUGUGGUCGGUGAAGAUGGAGAAAUUGGGCCUCUAGUCAGUUUAAUGUUUGUGAUACUACAUUUCUACACUACCCCCCCCCCUUUUUAAAAAAAAAAGAUUUUACGCCCCUCCCCCCACUCCUCCAAAGAAUCAUUAUUUAGAAUUCAUUGAAAUGUGGGUUUGUUUUUCUUUUUAAUUAAAGUGAAAACCAUAUAAAAUGAUGAUUUGCAUUCACUUCUAAAAUGAUUUUAGAAUGUCUUAUUUAAAAAGUAUCAGUGUUCAAUAUUUUCAUCUUGAAGAACUCAUUUAUUACAUGAUAGAAGUAGUAUUUGAUGAACAAUAUUUGCUUGUAAGUGAAGUAUUUAUGAAGUUUGAAAAUUGAAGUAGGAGUUAUGAUUUAAUGAUUAUUUUGUGGGCUUUAACACGAUAAAGUAAAUCACUCUGUGGUCAAAUAUGGUUGUGACGAAUUAAAUGUUUCAAAUUAUUUUUCUUCCUCUCCUAUCACAUGUAUGUUUUGUUUUUUUGUAAACUACUUUGAUACAGUUUUAGAGAUUUUUUAUGCUGCUCUGUUUCUAGGCCCUAUUAUAGUCCAUUUGAUACUAUUCCUUAUUUUGGUCAGAUCUGAUGACAUACAGAAAGCAAUAUGAUGUGCAAUGAACUAUGUAAAACCAAAGCUUUUAAAUUGUGGGAGUAAGUUUUCGCCUUCACAUGAGAUGUAACCCUUACCUCCCCUCCACCCCCUCCCCCCAAAGAAGCACUUCAAAGGGUAUUCAAUAAUAGUUUUUAUAUUUUGCUAAUAUUGAGAAGAGAGCAUGUGUAGAGAUGAGUUCAGCUUUUGGCUCUAAUAGCUUUUUUUAUGGGAUGAUUGCUUUAAUGGUUUAUUAGAACCAUUUUAUAUGUAUGUUUUCUACUUUCUGUAGAUCUCUCUCUCUCUCUCUCUCUCUCUCUCUCUCUCUCUCUCUCAGGAAAGAGAAUUUUGAGUGACUAAGUUGAUUAUAAAGUUUUGACAGUAACACACAUGCUGAAAGAGGAUUUGUGAAUUAUUUUCUGACUUUGUUCAUGAACAUAUCUUUCCUGGCAGUUGGUUCUCUUGAGAGGAAGCUGAUGAACUUUCACUGUUUUUUUUUUACUUUUGUUAUUUGUUGAUAUCGUUGUAGAACUGUGUUGUGAUUCAAACCUAUUUUAUUUCUUUGAUUGUUUGAAACAAAGGUGUAUAUAUUACUUGUAUACAGAUGUAAAUAUGUACCUGCCAGUAUAGAUAUUGCAUUGCUUCGUUAUUUGCAAUCAAUUAAACAAAAAUUAGCUAAUUGUAUGUGUGUUUCAUACCUUACAGGAGGUCAUCGUUACGAACUCUCAUCAUAUUGAUUGAGAAAUAUUGAUAUUGUGCAGCACGGGUGUUAGUUUUUCAAAUGAACAAUUAUAGUCUGUAUAUUAUAAAAGCAGUUGUAUGUAGAACAAAUAUUUUAUUUUAACUGGAUGCUUAGAUAUAGCAUUAGUGGUUACCACUCAAAUUCAUCAUAAACGCUUGUAUCAUUCCGUUGUGUUCAAAUGUGUAGAGAAUAUAUCUAUCUGUGUUGAUAUUUAUUUUGUUACUCGCAACCAGAGACAGAGUUCGGCUGACACAGCCUUUCAUCUUGUACAGUCAGAAGAACUCGUUUAGCAUUUACUUUUAAUUCAUUGGAUAUCUGAACUGCUGUGUAGUCAUAGAGCUGCAUUAAGUCAUUUUUAUUUGUUAUAAUCAAAGCAUUCUAUGAAAAAUCUUGUAUUCUGCCUUAUUUAUAGUUUCGUCCAUUUUCAUUCCGUAGGGAUUUUUAUAAUUAAAGUUCAUGUUUGAAGCAUAGAAAACACAAUCUUGAAGUAUAUGAUUUUAUUUUUACCAUGAUGAAAUGGUAGAUGUCAAGGACAUUUUAUGGUGAUUCAGCACUAUCAUACUGCUGUAAAUUUCACAUUUUUAUCUGAAAUUGCACUUAAAAAUCCCCAUUUGAUUGUUACAAGUCAUGGCAUAAACUUGAAAAUGUCAAUAUUCCAAAAAAGUUCAAUGAAUGAAAUUGAUGAAUUCGACAAUUUUAAAAUGAAAUACUUUGAAUACCUCAAUUGACAUUAAACAUCAAAUUUUUAGAGUUGCACAAUUGUUUUUAUAUAUGUAUACAGUACAUGCUUUGCUUAAUACAAGUGUUGUGUUUGUUGAAAACUACUCAUCAAAUCAAUGAAUAUUCCAUGGGCAAUUUCAAUUAAUGAAUAUACCUCAAAUGAAUUCUUCAUUAUGCAGUACCCAAGCCGUUUUCAUGGGAAUGAAUAGUCAUAUCCUGUACAAAGCAAGGGAAAAAAAUUCUUACAUUUUACUUGGUCUUCAGAACCUAGUUUGGAACACAAAAUGUUGUAGUAAUCAUAUUUAUAGAUGUCACAAAUGCCUCACUUCGUCUUUGAUAUUAUGGUCAAUUUUCAUGUUUAGAUGUGUAUUGCUUUUUAUGAAUUGGCUUUAAUAGUACAAAAAGUGUUUCUUUGGAAAGGAUACUUGAGAGAACAAUUUCCUUUUGUUAUUUUGUGUACUUUUCCGCGGUGAUUGCUGAGACACACAGUUUUGUCAUUUUUCAAAGAUAUACAUAUUUGUAUCGAUAUGGUAACAUUUAUUUAUGUGCAUUGUAAAAGAUAUGUUGUUUAUGUUUUAUAAAUAUUGAUGAAAAA